CACGACCCGGUCCGGCGGCCAGUCACAAACGUUUCGCGCGGUCCGCCAGCAACAGACGUCGUACACGUUCUCCCCGUACGCUUAACGUAUUUUCUUUCGCGUUCGCGACAGACCCCGCAACUGCACUGCGCCGCGCCGCAACAGCAGCAGCAGCGGACAGCCACCUACGCCGCCGUAGCGAUAUUUCUCACGCACGUGUGACGCGGAAUAAUCGGUAUUGUCCGCACGAGUCAAGCGCCGGCAGUGCGGUCCGUUGAAACGAACGUGCGCGUCCCUGCAGGGACAUGUGCAACUGCACUUUGCCGUCCAUCGACGCGGCCCGUCGCCGCGGUUGACUGGUACAGUUGACGCCGGCCGCUGCGCAAAACCCACAGGGACGCCGACUGACCGCCGAUACGCGCAGUAACGACUUUCGGUGUACCACGACAUGGCGGUCGGACCGCUGGUGUUGCUGAUGUGCGCGGCCGCGCUCCAGCCGGCGGCGGUGGUCCGCGGCCAGGACGCGGACUCGCUGGCCAGCAGCUUUUUUUCAGGUAAACGCCCGCGACAAAUUAGUCACGCCUAUCUAUUUAUUACAUAAUAUUUGUUACACGUCUGUCGGUAAUUACUACAUUGCUGUACGCGGGAAAUAGGAAUACGCUGAGGAACGCGGUGGGAUAAGGGCGAACAGAAAGAAUGUUAUUACGGUUGAUUACAGUUAUAGAUAUACCUAGCGUAAUAUUAUUUGCGUGUCGGUGUCGCAUGCGGCGAGCCGUUUGAAGACGCUUUCGAUCGGAUUAACGGGGACACGCGACGCGCGACGACGUAACGGUACCGGGACGGCGGCGGAAGACAAUCGUCGUAAAGAAAGCGCUUGACCCCGAUCGGCCGCCGCCGCCAUCGUCCACGCAUACUACCCAUACGUAGCCGCAGUAAUGAUAUACGCAGUUACUAAUAUAAUACAUUAUUACAUACACUCGUCAGCGAUCGAGACGCGUCUCGUACCGAGUGUAGUGUUGCCGCCGCCGUCCAGGUUCCGAACCUCACACGACUCGGCGGCGAGAUAUAAUAACCGAAGCGAUCAGUGCAAAAACAAGACAAGCUCAAAAUGGUUUCUUGGUAGUUUCGGAGUAAAGAAAUAAAUGCCACAUAAUUUGGUGCUGUAAUAAUGGGAAGGCUAUACAAAUCCGGAACGUAAGAGCCCGGAAUGGAAUAUGUCGGAACACAAUGAUCCAGAACGGAAAAAUCCCGACUGAUAUAUGCCGUGGACCGCAGAAAUCCGAGCAAAUAUCAAUGAUUUCUAAAAUAUAACACUAGUAGGUAUGGUGAUAGUAUUAUAAUAUGUCUAUGGUCAGUAGUGAUUUUUGGUUUUCUAGAGAUAAUGAUGUAAUAACGUUUAUGAAAUGUGAUAAACUUGUACAACGCGAGAGAAGAAAAAGAGCCGGUGGAAAAAUUCGGAAAAGUAGGCAAAUAGUUGGGAAUGGUAAACGCUUUAGAUCUAUGGUGGUUCAACCGAAUUCCAAGCAAAAAAACAAAAAAUCCCCAUAGAUAUAUGGUUUUGUUUCUUUCUCCUAAACAAUUUCGAAAAGUGGACAUGUCUUGUUGCACUGAGCCCUUCAAUUGCACUUUUCAGACGUGCGACGAUAACGCGACUGACUGAAUUAAAAUAUUUAUAUUGCCGAUCAUCGGUUAAUACUUCUUAGGCGGUCGAUUGAGACAUAAUAUUUGUGUUUUGUUUCUAAAAAAAAAAAUGCUGACACUGUUUUAUGAGGGAAAUCAGAAAGUAAGGUAUUAUAUAGAGUUAUUUAAUUUAUCUGUACGAUCGAUAAAAUAAACCAUUUCAAACGAACAAUGAUUUUAUAAUACUUCGUAUUUAAACCCUUCUUGACAAGGUCACCCAGAAAUUGACAAAAAUUUUACAAAAAUUACAAAUAUUUCCCAUUAGUAUAUGGUAUAUUAUAAGAACACUAAAAAAUAAAAAAAAAAAAAAGGUCUUUUAAAUACACUAAUUAGACUAAAUAGAUCAAGACUGCUACACGAAAGCUCCCAUUUGAUUGGAGUAAGAUUUGUGGUAAAAACGCGUUGUUUACAGAACCAAAAUAAAAAAAAAUAAUUCGUAGUAAACUGUACGUUUCUCGCUUCGCUCAGAAUUUAAAAUGUUACAAGUUCAUUUUAACACAUCAUUGAAGGCAGUAAUGGACUGGAGUAAAAAAUGAGUGCGAGCGUUCGUAGUUAAAAGCCCCUUAUUACACCAAUACCUGAUAUCGGUGGUAGCCUUUUUUUUUUUUCCAAAAUUUAUUUAUUGGAAUAUGAAAUAAAUAUUUGAAAAAACAAACGGACACACUUCACACGAUAGGUGGGCCACUGUUGUAGGUAAGAAGUUGGGUAGGUAGAGUGGAAACUUAAAGUAUACCUGAACGCAAUCAGUAAUAAUUGCUAAUAAAAAAACCGAGUGAUUAUUAGAUAAAAUAAAUUUCGGUGUUGACAUUUUUGAUUUCCGUCAACCCGUCGACCAGAUAUUCCGCGUUUGAGUUUGGCGUCGGGGACAGCGUAUAGUAUUCGUACGGCCGCGUCGCACGUGCAAGAAUCCGGAACGCGUGUGCGGCGAAAAACGAACGGGAUAGAACAGCGGCGGCCGGAAUAGGAACCGCGGGGCACGCGACCAGUGGCCUUGCCGGUUACUGAACCCUCCGUGUGGUGCGGGUCGCCCGAAAACGUCUUGCCCGAGUCUCUCACGGACGACGACGGACGGACGUGUGGGCGGUGACACGGCACCACGACGUGACGUGACGUAGGCGCGUGUCACACCCUGCGCCGGUUACGGAAUUCAAUCGAAACACCGCAGUUCGGUGCAAAGGGAAUAUGAAUAUUGUUCUUUUCGAAACCCGUUGGUUCGUGUUGAUAAAAUAUGGAUACAUUUUUUUUUUUUUUUUUUAAACCGAGCGUAGGUAAAUUAAAUUGAAAAAUAUUUACGUUUCCCCCCCCCUCCAGUUUUACACAACGCUAUGGCUUUUAGCCCCAGGGUUAUAGUAUUUUCAAAUUUUUUCUAGCUAUAAUCGUAAUAAUUAUCAUGUUCGCCCUUCGUAUCAAUUAACACAAAAUAUAAAUAACUGCGAAAAAAAAUAAUACGUAUUUACAGGUACUCAAUUAUAACUGUUAUUUUUAACUGUCGUGAAUUAUCAUAACUUAAAAUAACUUUAUAUUUAAAAAAUACAAUAACGUAUAACAACCGUGAACAUAUUUUACCUGUGUGCUAAACAGAGUGUGUAAUGAUGAUAUUAAUUAUUUCGCUGUGUAUUUUAAUAAACAAAAUAAUGAUAAUAAUAACGUAAAUUAAGAAAUUAUACGCAAGUAUCGUGUUAUGUAGCCGUUAUUUCCUCAUUUAAAUUUUAAAUUGAUUCGUAUUACUCCCUAGUUCGCGUAUUACCGAAAAACCUCAUUUUUUUUUCUCCAAAUCUGUUUAUUAAUUUAACGACAUAAAUAUACAUCCUGAACGUCAUGAGCUAUUAUUAGCGUUAUAUGACUGGUAACUCAUCGUUAUUAUACGCAACCUGUACGAAUUGUAUAAUUUUUAACUCGAAAUUUAUACACUUUCGGAUAUUUUCAAUUUCGAUUUCAAUAAUCGUAAUAUUAUGUAAACGAACAAAAAACUUGCCUAACUUUUGACGGUCACGUAAAUUAUACCGGAGUACUACUUAUGGAUAUUUAAGUCAACGAUUCGACCACCGAAACGUGUAUAGAAAUAUAUACAGACUGUAUACUGUAUACAAAUAUAAUUUCAAAUGUCUAGCUAUAAAUAAGUGAUAAUUGCUAGUGUGAUUCUUGGACGCACGAGAAAAAAGGGUUAUCUAUAUAUGAUAAAAAAUGGAUUAUGAUAUAAUUGUAUAAAUCAUGAAAGAAGAAAAACGUUAAAAAAAAUGAUAAAAAAAAUUGACGUUAUUGAUUUAACCCCCUUUUCCGAGCAACAUAUAUAUUCAGUGGUGUUCCCAUAGAUUUCAUCAAGAACAGGGCUGUCCUUAGGAGAGAGGGCAGGACCCAGGUCCUGGAAUUCGAGCUUUUUACUUAGAUUUGGGAACUCGAGUUCGCAAAAAAAAAAAAAUAUAUAUAUAUACGAAUUAUAAUACAAUAAAAUAAUAAAAUAUUCAAAAUGUCGCUUUGGCCUUCGGAAAUCUUAAGGACGAGCCUGGUCGAGGGUAUAUCACUACAAAUAUCCCGUGCAAAGUAUUGUAAUUUGUAAAUCGUAAGAAGACUGUGAAUUGUACAGUUAUAAUUAGUGAAAUAAACACCAUUUUGUAUUAUUACGAUUUUAGUGGCACGAAUGAUAAAAACGGACAACGAUAACAAUAUAUCGUGACGGAUUUUUUUAUUUUAAAUUAUUCGAAUGAAUAAACAAUAUAUACCCGUGAUUUUUCAAGCCAUAUGUUGAAAGCACAUUGCUUACAAUGCAGUACUCCCUAUGUAAAUACCGAUGUUAGUAUUUAUAUUUAUCUUAUUAUUUUUUCUUUAUUCGGUUGUCCAUUUCAGAAUAUAUCAUUCACCAUAUAUCUAAUAUAUAAAAUAAAGAGAUAAAAAUAUAACUAGGUGUAUUUAAAUAACACAUAAAAUUGGAAAUAUAACAUCACGGGUAAAAAGAUACAUUAUUAAACUCGGCGGACUAGUAAUACUUUUGAAAAAGAAAGUCGAUUGUCACGUGCGCGCUCGCGCGCAUGAACUUGAAUGGAAAAUGACGAAUUUACAUAAAAAAAUAGAAAUACAAAGUGCUCGUUGCAUAUUAUUUGAACUGCGUAUUCGCGAUUCGCGUUAUUUAUACGACAAGAUUAAAAUAACACACGGGAGACGGGAUACACCCUGUAGACAAAUAAUUUUGUAUUGUAGUUUAAUCCGAAAUAAAAUAAAACGCCUAAAACUUUUGUCUAUCCGUCAGAUUCGAUUCGAGUUUUUACAAUAUAUUAACGAUAUUUCGGCUCUAUGGAUAGAAAAAUGAAUUUUUUUCGUUACCACGAAACAAUAGAAAUAAAAUAAACAUUUUCAUAAUAUUCUAAUGUGCGACGCGUGUGGAAUUAUAAGUCCGAAAAUCCGACUUCGAGACCCGGAGAUCCUGUAGUAGUCAGUUGUCGGUUUUCUUGAUGUUUUUUUUCUUUGAAUUUGAAAAACUAUUCGGAUCCUAGGCAUUGGACGCUUCAAAUAAAGUAGGACGCGGGCGAAAAGUCCGAGUUUUUUAAGACUCUGCGCGCGAAAGUUUUGUAGUAUUUUUACUAAUUCGAAAAACGUUUUUCGAGGGGGGGUGGGAGUGGUAACAAAAACAGAUAAUUUUUGUGUCCGUCGUGAGAAUGUUCUCCGAUCGCCGAUAGUAAAGUGCGCGUUAUAUUCCGCGCUAUUCAGUAUUCUGAGAAUUUUCGUUCUGUUCGUAUCGCGCACGACGUCCGACAAGAAGACGCGCGUGUUAAAAGACUCCAGUAAAAAAAAAAUAAAUAUCCGAUAACGGUUAUCGAUUAUAACGAUCGAAACGUCGAAAGGACUAUCAAUUUGAAAUGUGUUCGCGUGUAUACGUAGAAAAUUCCACGCAGUCACGUCGAAUAAAAUUUAUUCACGUACCUAUUAUCCGUACGGCGACAAUGCGCGUGUAAUUCAUUAGAGACUAGGUAUAUGCCACCUGCAUCAUCAUCAUCAUUAUUAUUAUUAUUAUUAUUAUUAUUGUGAGUUUUUUCGUGACUGGGCAGAUUUCUAGUAGUAAAAUAUUGCUCGGGCGUUUCGGGGAGAGAAACAAAAAAUGAAAAAUAAGAUGAAGAUGUUAAUAUAUUUUUCGAAACCAGUUCCGCCGUCCGAAACCCGUUUCCGUUAUGUUUUCAAGGUGUUACACAUAGUAAAGUAUACGGUAUUGCGGGUCUCGUAUCUAAAUAAAAAUAUAUUAAAUACUAGUUUGUAUUAUAUCGUAGAAAAUCGUACCAAUGAAAAGUUAUGACUAUGGUCGCAAUUUCGUUUUGGUGGUCGAAUGGAAUAGUUUUCGGUACGGUUCUUCUUUUAACUAUAAACUUUUACCGAGCAAAACAUUUAUUAUUACGAUAAUUUUCACCCGGUAGAUACGAAAUAGAUAAAAAAAAAAAACACUGAACCGUUACAGCGUCGACGUGUACGAAAAUUUGACGCUCGCCAGCCACGGUUGUUUUUUUUUUUUUGUAGGUGAAGUAAGAAGGUUCUCGGGUCAGAAAAAAAAAACACGUUAGAAUUGAUUUCACUAAAAGAACUACGUAAACAAAUGUUUUUAGUGUCAUAGUGUACAAUUUCACACGGGAUUUCACGAAAAAAAAAAAAUUAAAGAUUUAUAGAAAAUUGCUCAUGUUUCACGAUUUAAAAAAAAUAGAGAAAAAAAAAAUAUUUGUUUGGCCCAUUUUUCUCUUAUUUUACCGGUCUCCGCUUUUACUCGCGUUUUUCCGACAGUAUUACAAAAGUUUUUCAGCGCUGUCACAUCAUUCGUCGGGCCCUACCGACUUCAAUAUUUCGCGUCUUGUUUUACUGUCCGUAGACAUUAUAUUAUACAGACCGUCGCGUAAAACGGAAAGUAUUUUUCUUCAGCCGGUAAAUCUGUAUAGACAGUAAAUAAUAAUAAUAUAGUUAGUAACAAUAAAUUGCAGCAGGUGUCUUUGUUAAAUUUACAUCGUAAAAAGGCGGAAGGAAACCCUAAAAUCAAUGUAAAAAUAAAAAAAAACAAUCCGAAAUUAAAACGUCAGCAACUGUUGCAGCCACAAUUUUUAUCAUCCCUUACGUUGAAAAUUGUGAAAAUAGUCAAUAUUUGUAUUGAUAAAGUAGUAUUUUAUAUAUUGUUCAGUAUAUACUGUGGAUUUCAAUGAGUUCCACGAUAGUAAUUUAUUUGAAGUGAUUAACAAUAAAAAAGGUUUUUAUUCUGACAUAUUAAAAAUUGUCACUUAUAUAGGAUUUUUUUUAGAUGUCAGUAAGUCUAAUAAAGUUUACGAACUAUUACAGUAGUAUUAUUUUUACAACAUAAUAUUUGCUACAUUCUAUUUGGUUUUGACCGUGUCAGUAUUGAAUGAAAACAAAUAGAUGGAAAAUGGGUGGUCUACCUUCAGCGGGCUAAAAGUUUUCUGUUGUGACGUUUUUUCAUGAUUUUCAUAACAAUGCCGUAAUAUUUACGAUUUCCGUCAAAAUACGGUAUUAAAAUUUGUGUAAAAGAAAUACAACAUUAAACUCAACAUUUUCUUGUUGAUCUCUAAGUACAGCUUAUAAUGAACCACGUGUUAAAUUUUAAAUAAUCUCUGUUUGGACUAGCAAUUUUAUUCACAGAGUACCUACCGAAUAAAAAUUACGAAAAAACCUCGCAAAAUUAAAAUGUCUAUAAAUAGCUCAAGAAUGGCUUAAAUAUUUGAAAAUUUGACCACGUCCAUAAAAAGAAAAUAUAACGUGACCGUCCAAAUUUCAAUUUUGAAUUGAAUUACCAACAAAAAAACAAAAUUGAAAAUAAUUAAAGCGGUAUUUUCGUUUUUCCCAGUUAUUUCGAAAACCGCUUCGUAAAUGAAAAAAUGACCUUUUUCAACGCAUCAACUAGAGAAAGUUCCCUUUCGGAAAAAGCGCUACACUUGAAAAUGGGAGCAAGAUUUCUGAUAGAAUUCUCGUACAAAGUAAGGAAAAAAACAAAACAAUAAACGCCAAUUGUAAAACCAAUACACUCCUCGCUUCGCUCGGAAUCUGAAAUCAGUCGGAUCGGUCCAUCCGUUUUCAAGUUACGGCGUCAACAACAAUACAUCAUUUCAUUUUAAUGUACACAUAGAUUAUUAAUCAUCGUAUUUAUUGCCAUCGUGCGUAGCGCAGUACGCGCGUUUAAUCUUUACGUUGCGGCCAACAGUAUCCCUUAUUUUUUUUGUAUUUUCGUUUUAUUAUUAUUUUUUUUUUAAAAUUCCAUACACAAUACAUACGGGCCCGUUUGUAAUUAUUUUUUUUUAAAUUUUGAUUUUUCGUACGGCACGUUUUUAAUCCGCCCGCGUGCGUAUUUAGCCAAAUUUACCUCCCGUGCGUACUGCUGCUCCGAACCCUACUCGCAAGCAUUGUAUUAUAACGGUCGUACCGUGCACUUGUAUCGGGCGUCGCGGGGCGACAAUAGAGGUGCACCGCGUUAUUACCGACAACACACCGAUAACAACGAAACGAUAACGACGGCGGUGCUCUGUAAAUCGACCGCGGCAAUAACACCCGGUCCGGGCCGCGAGAAAAGUGAACAAGAACGUUCACGGACGGACAGCGGAUCGUCGCGUAUUGAGCCGGUUUUUGAUUUUUAUCUAUGCAUAUGUGAUACGCCGAAAAGCCGCCCGGACGGAAUGGCCGGAAAUAUACGGACGGUCAGCGCUAUAAUAUUAUUAUUAUUAUUAUUAUUAUUAUUAUCAUCAUCUAUUGACACGAGUGGUCCGCCGUACAGUUUUUCGUAUACCGUUACGGGAAACGCGCACACCGAUCCAGACCGUUAUAAUAAUAUACACGGAGGGAACGCGCCGUCGUCGGCGGCCCGUCUCGGUGACCCGAAUACCUACUUUACGCGGAGACCGGCCGUCGUUACGAUACACCGCAUGUAUACCGGACGGUCACGAACGCGCGACGGUCGCCACCAACAUGUCUGUACGGAGAUUUCGGGGGAUUUUUUUUUUUUUUGCUGCUAUAAUACACCGCGGUGACAAUUCAGAAACGUUGAAAACGUAUCAAGACCGUUAUUAUACACACGAAAUCGCGGUCUGCGGGCAUACCUACGGCAGCGACGGUUCGAAAUCUUCGCGUUCACAGAACAUAAUGGCCGGUUCGCGAACGCCCUGUAUGCAAAACGACUUCCUUACAGCGCGCGCCACGCGACCGGUUCAAAUCACUGUCACCGUCGUCCGUGAUCCAAUCGACGUUUGCAAAUAAUCGAAUAUCCAUGUUCGGGCCCGGUAACGCGCCAGAGUUUUUAGCGUAAUCCUACCGGAUAUUUCGAUUUAUCCAAUGCGUUUCCCGUACCCAUUGGUCUCCCACGCGGCGGCGGUCGUGUUUUCCUACCGGUUCCUCCUCGAUCACUCGAUAACUGUUCGUGGUAUUGACCGCCCCUGAUUCCGUCCAUUUCAUCCUUCUCAUUGAAAUCGCUGUAUGCAAAUCCACUGUACUCGCCAACGCGACCAUCUAUAUGCGUGGUCCGACAAUCCUUCUGAGGAUCUCUCGCUGCUAUCGAAUUUACGUCGUUCGUCUAUUCCUAAGCGGCCGUGUUUCUGAACCGUAUGACAGCACCAUUAGGUGUACCAAAUUAAUGAAACAUUAGGAUAUUGAAAUGUUUAAGGAUUAAACAUUUCCAUACAACAUAUUAAACUUCCGCAACGCUUUCCUAAUUCAGAUGGUCGCGAUUUUUACUAAGGCAAAAAAUCCAAAAACGAUCACACAUGUAAAAUACAACUUUGUAUACUAUACGAAUAUCGUUAGGUCAUGUAACACAUUUCGGUAUAAAGUUGAUUUUUUUUCCGGCCAAUCGAUAAAAAUAAUAUGCGACACCAUGUUUUUAUACUAUAUGGCCAGAUGGGGGCAUAUCAGGAUUUAAAAUCCGGAUAAUCCGGAUGGUUAAAAAAAACCCGGAUUUGAAUAUCCGGAUAUUCGGAUUUCAUGCCCAUCCCUAAUUUAUAUAUGUGUAUAUAUACACACCUGUCAUAGUUACCUAUUAACUUUUUGAGCUUUUGAACUUAUUUGCAUUGCGAAUUUAUUAAAAAUAUUUCUUUUUCGGUCCCGCAGGUCUGCUGGACACCAUCACGAGCACGGCGGACAGCAAGGACUGUCCCGGCGUGUGCGUACACACGUUAGCCACGCUGAUAUGCUACGAGGUGCUGGAGAACGUCAAGUGCCCGAGCCCGACGAUGCGGUGCUGCGUGGAACCGCCUCCGCUGCCCGUCAACGGAACGACCGCGGCCGCUGUGGCCAACAAAGUGGACCAGACCACACCGGCGGCAGCGUCCAGCGCCAGACCUCAGGUAAUGAAAAUUGAUCAAAAUAUUAACUGUCCGGCUUGCAUUGGAGGUUGGAAAAAGCGAUUAGAAGUCGGAAAAGUGAAACACGAACUUUUUCGCUGCGGCAGGCAUAUAUAAUUCGUACCGUGGCACGACGUAGCUAUAGGGAUUUAAGCGACCUGAAGCUAAUUGAAAUUUUCGCGCUACUUGGUAGAUUUUUAUUUUUUAAGUGAUAUAUUAUUACCUAAACACAGUUUUUUUUAAUAUUUCCCCUUAAAAAUUCAAUAUAUGAUAAAUAAUAAAAUUUACAAUUGAAAAUUUUAGCACGUUGGAGCAGUUGCACUCCUUUCAUAAUACGCUUCUGCGGCUAUGGGUAAACUACGCAGUGUUCUGGAUACACCCAUAUAAGAUGUCUCUAAAUUCAAUAAAUGCAGUUAUUUCUUCCAAAAUCAAACCGGAACACGUAAACGUACAUUCCUUCGGGGUGAUCUUUUUACCAUUAAUCGGUGAUUUUUUCGAAGGAUUUAAAAAUUGAAAACGGUGUUGAAAUAAAGCUUAAACUAUCCUCGUAUAAUGAUUAAAAAAAAAAAAAAUAGAAACUAUAUUCACUUAAAAUCCUUCGAGAAAGCAGUUACUUCACGAUAAGUGGAUCACUCACCAUAGCAUUCGAUAAAAACUUAAAAUUACGAAUCGAAUUCACGUAGUUUCAAAGUGACGACGAAACCCGCAAAACGAUAAAAACGAAACAGAUUGCACAUUGCAAUAUUAAUAGUUUACGUGCCUAUACCUUUUGAGUGUAAAAAUGAAUAUACAAUGUAGAAAGUUAUUGUAUCGAUAAGAAAGUGAGCGCGGUAACUUUCGAUCGAUGCGAUUCAAAACUUCGAGUGACGCCAAUAACGUGUGUCACUUUUUUAAGAGAGAAUUUAGAACUUAGGAUAUAUACGGUGCAAUAUUUAAUUUAUAUCUGUACGCAAUGAUAAAAAAUUGCUAACAAAAAACGAUUUUGAAGCACAAUCCUUGGCUUUGGUGUCGGAAUAGCUAAGAAAUUAACAACAAUUGUACAAAAAAUUGACAGUUUUUCCCAUUUAAUAAGAAAAUACAAUGGAUAGCGAAAAAUAACCGUUAACUAGACCAAAAAUAGAAUUUUUGAUUUUUGAAGCACCUAUAAAGUUUAUACGAGUUGAUUGGUACAAGAUUUUAGUAGAAAAGUUGUUUAUAAGCAUAAAAAAAAAAAACUAGAUCCUUAUAAAACCAAUUCAAUCCUCGUCAUCCUCAGAGUAUAAUAAAUUUUUAUGUUUUUUCGACAGGUCUCUUCCCAUAACAACCAGCAGCUGAGGCCGACGGUCAACACGUCGUCCACGGACAAUCCGGGUAAGAAGGUAAACUAUACGUAAAAUGGUAAACGGGUGAAGGAAAAACGAUUUCCGGGGAGAUAAUAUUGAUAAAUGGUAAUGCAUACUUAGGUAGGUAUAUUACACAGAGACGGGCGAGUUAACGAUAAUUAAUUAAAAAGUUAACUAUAAUUAAUAACUCAAUUGAAUUAUAUUAUAAACAAACAAGUUGAGAUUUAAAACGUUUUAUAACUGAAUGUUCAUGAACGUUUUUUUUUGUAUUCGAAUUGUUCAAUAAGGAAAAAGUAUGCAAUACUGUAAAGAUGUUUUUACUAUAAGCAUAAUUAUUGCGGCCAAACGGUUAAAGGUACAAUCAAUUCUAAAAUUAACGCUAAUAUAACACUUAUUAGGUACGUAUCGAGUUUGCACAACGCAAACUAAUCUCUUUAAUUUAUAACAAUUAUUAAUGAUAAAUACAAUAAGUAACUAGGUGGGUUUAAAUAAAAAAUUGACGUUAUAACUUAAAUUUUAACUUUUAACCUACACAAUUUAUAUCCGCUAUUGGAUUAAAUAAAAAGGAGGGUUAGUAAUUAGUAGGUACCGAUGGCGUUUUGCUCUUAAUUUCUAUUUCUGAUGUGAUAAACAAUAUUAUUGUCGUUUUAUCUUCCGAAGGCAUCGUGUGUCCGGGAGUGUGCGUGGCCGAAAGGAUAGCCGAUUACUGCGAGGCCGUGCUGAACGUCACGGAAAUGUGCAAAACGGGACUGCGAUGUUGCGUGUCGAAGGACGCGUUCAUCGGGGCUGAACACUUGGUCGUGUUGGACAGGAACUCGACCAGGAUCAGCGUGAGUAACGCACCGCACCGACCGCCGCCGCCACCGCCGUCCACGACGACUGUAGCGACCACGACGACGAUGUCCGCACAGUCGGCCGUUGCGGCGCCACCGCCAGUGGGCAGCAAACAGUGUCGCGGCGAAUGCGUUAGCGGACUAUUCGCGCUGUUCUGCGACGACGUGGACGCGGACGCUUACUGUCCCGGUGAAGACAAUAGCUGUUGCAUCACCGCGCCCGCGGACGGCGGCUCGAAUCAGGCGCCGCCACCGCCGCCGCCGCCGUCGCGGCCGGCCCCGCCGUCCAAACAACCAUCGUCAUCCCGGCCCACGGCCACCGCGACGUCCACCACGGCGGCCGCCGGUCCACCGUUACCCAAGUGUCCGGGCUUCUGCCUGCUCAAUCUGAUGGCCGCGUUCUGCGAACGGCCGUCCACGCUCAUUUCUUACACGUCUACGUGCAAGCGGGGGUCUGUGUGCUGCGACAACACGAAGGCGGCUGCCCCGUCAUCGGCGAACGCGCAAAAGCCCAAACCGCGGCCGCCGGCGCCUACCACGACCACUACGACUACCCCGCCACCGCCGCCGGACGGGCGUCCCGAGUGUCCGGGAUCGUGCAUCGUCCCGUACUUAUCGUUCACCUGUUUCAGUGAGUUAUUGGUGUUUCAUUGUUUUUACAGUAAACAUUUCAUUAGACACUGAUAAUGCAAUAAUAUUUCGGUAUUAUUGAAAUUAUCAAAUCGCUAAAAAUAAAAAUAAACCGAUAAAUAUGAUCGGGAAAUUAAGAAAUCUGUUAUCAUACGGUUGUCGACUGUAGGCGGUCUUUGAUUGCAUUGUAUCGCGCGUUUGUGUGUACAGUUAUACGAUAGCUAAGUACAGUUUUCCUCUUACGCAGGAAACGCCGAGAUGACGGACGUGUUCAAGUGCCGGAAACCGGGAACCCAAUGUUGCGCCUCCAAAACGCAAAUCCGUGAAGUCGUAGAACAGAAAUCGGGCACGGUUUCCAGUCCGCCGCCGCCCACGCCGCCGAGUUACGGCGCACAGUUCGGCCACAGGAACGACACCAUACCGCCGCCUUUCAGGCCGCACAUUCCCAGUUCGUUACAGGUUUACACGCCAUCGUCAGGUGAGAUAAAAUAAUAGCCACUGUCGUAGACGGGAAAUUGGCAAAGUAGGAUUGUAUAAGUAAAUUCAAUUUUAACUAUGUACGCAACGAUAGUUAAUUGCAAACGAAUGACUUCCCCUCUGUACUAACUAUAGACAAAAUUCGCUACCAGAAACCACACUCGAAAUCGAUUGUCGGAGCGAUAUUCAUUCAUCGCUACGUUUAUACAUAUAUAUACAUUUUAGAACAAUAAUCGAACGGUAAGUUUUGGACAAUACGCUUGGUAUACUUUUAUCAAUUUUGUUUGCGAGAACUACGUGUUUUUGGGCUACGGUUUUGACGAUGAAACAUUAAAUUAUAAACACCAUAAUUCUUAGUUUUCGGCCGAUCGACGAAUAAUUUCCUAUUGUGUUAUUGGACUGCGACAUGCAAACGUCGCCACUUGACAUCAGGACGCAAAAUAUGUAUAAAUACUAUGAACCGUCGUCACGUACGCGUGUCUAUUCUAUUCCAAAACGAAUUCGGGAACAAAAUCUGGCCUAGAUUCCCAUACUAGUAAUAAUAACGUCAAAAUUAAUUUCGCCCCGAACGUGUGUUGUCGCGAACACGCGACGAACGACAAAUAGUUGCGCUAUAACCACGUCUAUAAUGUGCGUGAGAACGAAUGAAAAGCAACAAAAAAAUACAAAUAAUACAAAAUUUGAUCUAUUUUAUUUAUUUCAAUGUCUCGUGUCCCGCAGUCGACUAUCCGGCGAAUCCUACCGUGUCCACGCUGACGACCACGUCCAACCCGAUACCGUCCAAGCCGUCCACGUACAGCAAGUACGUGUGCGGCGUCAAAGGCACGUCGAGGACGCGGAGUUCGAGGGUGGUGGGCGGCGAAGACGCUGACGCGGUCGAGUGGUGCUGGCAGGUGGCGCUCAUUAACUCGCUGAACCAAUACCUGUGCGGCGGCGCCCUAAUCGGCACCCAAUGGGUGUUGACCGCCGCGCACUGCGUCACUAAGUAAGUAUUUAAGUAUUACCAGCUAACGAUACAGUGACAGCGACGAUACGAAAGUCCGAAAUACUUUAUACCCAGUGCUAUAUAGGCCACGGCCAUGGAAUAAUAAGUAUAUAUUUAUAGUUCCAUAACUUCAAAUAUAACAUUAUGAUGAUAACCUUUAAAAGUGUAUAGUCAUCAGAGCUUUUACGUCGUAUAAUAUUAUAUAGGUAAAAAAUUACUAAUUCACUAUACAUUUGGCAGUUUUUUUUUUUUUUUGUUAUUGUUACAUAGUUAGACAUAACGAAAUCAUAGAUGUCCCAAGGAGGUGUAGGCCCGUUUGGCCUACACCUCCUUAUUUAAUAUUUAUAUAUUGCGAUGUAUAUAUAGUUGGGAGUUUAUUUUAUACAAAAGAAAUCGUCAUUUAUUUUUUUUCAAUUACCUUUGAUCCCCCUGAAAAAAUGUCUACACAAAAUCGGUUGCCUAUAUUAUUUAAAAAAUACGUCGUGAUGGUUUUGCUACACACUGUAAAAAAUAUUCAUAUUAUACAGUGUGUCCAAAACGACGAAGGAUAGCACAUGUGUCAACCGACCUCUCCAUAAACGAUAUUUCGAAUAGCCGAUUUGGUUGAGGGAGAUUUAUCGAUCAAUUAUUGUUUUUUUUUAUAAAACGUCCGAGAUCCACAAUAAAUUCAACUUAUUGCUUUCGGAUCGUUUCUUUUACAGUUCUUUGUCUAUUAUUGGCUUUAAUACUCCUUUAUAAGAGGCGUAAUUUAUAUGCAACUAUAGUUUUAUAUUCAUUUAAAAGUUAAAACAUAGGAAACGGUUUCGUUAAAUCUUUUAUUUUAGUAAACAAAUUAUAUUUCCAUACCGUGACUUCGAUAGUCAAUGUGAUUCAUAGCAGAAUUGUGGAAUUUUAAAAACGCCUUUCUAUUACGUAAUAAAUACACUUAUAAUAAGCAAUAUUUAUUUUUUCGUCGAUGUUCGUUCUGUUGUAUUCUGUGGUAUAUGAUUCCGUUGUUGAGCAAUCGUCCUCAAUCUGUAUCUGCACUAACCGUAUCGAAGUAUUGUAGUUAUUAAUUUAAAUGCGACAUCAAUAUUGUACUAUAAGCCAAGGCUGGGCAAUUUAAUGACCACUAUUAACUUGGUUAAGAUAGUCGAAAACAAAGUAACGAGUUAACACAUCAAAACGAAAUUGAUUUCAUAUAUAAAAAGAAAAAUUAAAUUAAAUUAAAAAUUGUACUAAAAAUUUUAAUUUUUUUUUUAACUGUUAAUUUUAAACUAUAUAAUAGUUAAACAUAUAGAAUUUAUGAUAUUUGGAAAUAAAAACCAUCAACGUUAAACACAGGAAUUUAUGUACUUGGGUGGAAUAAAGAUUCAGCCUCACCUCUAAACACCAGAAUAAAAAAAAAAAAUAAAAAAAUUUCCCCUGAUUUUUUUAUUGAAUGAGUUUAAAAAAUAUAUAUAUUUAUCAAAAGUAAAAAUAGGUAUCAAUAAAAUUAAAAUAAAUGACAAAAAAAAAAAUCAAUAUAUAGGUAUAUACGUUAUGGUAAAAAGGUAUGAUAAUCGAAUAUACGACUGAUGUCGAUUUAAAAAUCACCAUCAGGUAUUAGAAUGGAAAAAACCAAAUAAUACACGACUGUAUGUAAAAUCGAAAACAGGAAUACAUACACAUAAAAAAUUAUGAUUUUUUACAAAGGUAGUAACCAAUUCGAGUAGAAGAGAUUGAAUAACCCGAUGAGAUGACAUAGAUUUAGAAGUCUGAUUAAUUAUUAUCUGAAAAUACUCUACAUGCAGUUUUUUAUUUAAUAUUUUAUUGAGUACUGUCCCGCCCAAUGUUUCUCGUGCCAAAUAAAUGAGUAAUAAAAACGAUUUCCCUCUAGAUUUCUUGUUUCAAUCACUAAAUAGUGAAUAGAACUUUGUUCUCCGUCACUAUUACUGCAGUUAACCGUUGUUGCCCUUGAAUUUUUAAAAAUGCAUUUUCUUUAUUUUUAUUUUUCAAACUUAUAUAAAUUACCUAUAUGGUUACUAAGCAAAGAAAAAUAUCUGAUAAUUUUUUUUUAUCAAGCCCGAAUUACUGCAGGUUAGGCCGUCUACUACUUCUACUGUUCAGCUCAAUGUUUUCAAUUGCUUAAAACCUUCUCCACGAUAUACUGCGCAUCAUUUAAAAAAAAAACCACACAUAACGAUUGGAUGAGUACUUUCGGAGAUUACCCCGGAAAUCAGAAUGGCACUUUGUUUUUUAUUUAAUAUAUAAAAACAAAAAAUAUUAAAAAAUUGGCAAUGGCAAAGCCGGGCAGGACAGCUUGUAUUAUAUGUAUACACACAUAUAUUACAUAUGCCAAAUGCCAAUUUUUAAUAUUUAUUUUAUCUAUUAUAUUUCUUUUCUAAUCUUGCUUUCCGUUGCUCGUAAUGCCUUUUCUUUCGUACUUCAGAAGUAGAUCGAACAACUGAUUUCUGUUUGGGAAAGCAUAUCUGUCGACGAUGCAGUAUUCGAAAAACAAAGAUUUGUAACGUAUGUUUAAUGUAUGUCUUAUAAUAUCGUAUGUUUUAAUGUCGGCAAUUAAAAUUAAACAUUUUUUCUACAAUCCUGACAAAAAAAAAAUCGUAGUUACCUAUAUUCACACUCAUAUAAUACAUACCAUAGACAUAAUACGAAUUUGCCCAUGACAACACAGUUAACUAAUAAUAUUUGUUUUCGCAUCCGUAUAUUACCAAGGUAACCCAUAAAUAAAAAUAAUUAUUUUAUCUUCGUACUAAAAGUACCUGAAACCCGAUUUUUGUGGGUGAUGAUGGAGCUAUUGAAAAAUGUCAUACAUGUACUAUGCCAGAAACCUUUACGGGAGUGUACUCAACAACUUCCUAAAGUGUCAUGGCGAUCGGAUGAACGGUUUAGGAAGGAACAUUCAUUUUUAUAUGCAUACUGCAGUCCUAAGAAAAAAAAGCCGUAAAUCGAAAAAAACAUGAGAUUAUAUUUGAGAAACGCGUAAAACUAUAAUAUUAAACGUAGUAUAGUAUCAUUUUUUUUUUCGAUUUACGGCGUUUAAUCUAAAGGCGGCAGUAUAUAUUAAUCUAAUACAGUGUUUUCUUUUUAAACAUAUAUACAAUUAUUAUAAGUUAUAAUCACGAUAGCACUUAAUAUAAUAAUAAAUUGUGUUAAAACUUAAAAUCAAAAGUGAUUUAAUUUAACCUGACGUGAUAUAAUUAAUGAUAAUCAACUUAUUAUCCGUUAAAUAACGUAAACAAUAAUAAGACGGGUUGAUAAAACAAUCAACAGUCAAAAGUGUUAAAAUUAACUCGACUAUUGACUUUUUUACUCGUUAAUGCCCAGUCUUGAAUUAUUAUCGCCUUCGUAAAUCGAAUUUAUUUGUGGAUAUUUUUCAUAAUUUUCUCUGACUAAAAUAUUAGUCGGUGUAAUACCUGCAGGCUGCAGUAGUAUAAGUUCCGUUCGUUUUCCGUUCUAAUUAUUGAAUCACGUAUGUAUUACGCUACUGUCCCACAAACAAACAAAAAAGAAAAUGUUUUAAAAAACCGUCGGCUUAUUAAAAUUAAAAUAUAGUACGUGUUGUACUAAUGAGUUUUUUUUUUUUUUAAUCUUCUCGGGCUAUUUGUUUUUAUAUGCGAGGGACACCUACCGACAUGAUAAUAACUUAGGUAGGUACGUUUAAUAUAAUUAGUAAAGCGAGAAUAUUUUCGUGUUACCUCUUGAUUUUUUUGUAUGCCAGUGCGUGUAUAUUUUUAAAUAGAUUUCGUCCGUUUAACCGUUAUAUUAUUUUCAUUUGUCUAUAAUAAUAAUAAUUCGCCCGACAAUUUCACACGGUUAAAACUUUCCGGGCGUUCGGUAUCAAUACUCGGCGUUUCCAUUGUACUAGGUACCCGCGAACCUCGUAGGGUUCCGACCGAACUUCUCCUCCGGCGGCGUAGAUUCGUGUCCGUCCUCUAUAACAUUAUACGUGGUACGUGUAUCGUUUGUUUCCGGUUAGAACGGACGGACGUGCCCACACAAGCGUAAUAACAACACGUUAUUAUUACUAUUAUUAUAAUAACACCGAAAUAACACGUGUUUGGGCAACAAUACACGAAAAUAGGUACUUGGGUAAUACGUUACAGUACGCGAUAUCGUACAACAGAACCGUGUCGUAUUGUUCCGCGUUCGGCGGUUGCCCGAAUUUUCCAGUCCGAGCCGACACGAUAAUCUCGCCUCGUGUAUACAGAGUGAUUCACGCAUUGAUCACAAACCGAAGAUUUACUGGGAGAAUUUCAAAUGAAUUUACGUUAUACAAAUAUGUUAUAACCGUGUUCUGUUAGGGCUGAUGGUAUUCGAAUCCAAUACCAGUAUUCGGUAUUUACAGUUAACCGGUUAUAAACGAUAUACCGAAUAUUCGGUAUUAACGGUAAUUAUACCGGUAUCAUCGGUAUUAACCAAUUCUAUGAUAUUUGCGGCUAAUUAAAUUUGAAAAUAAGUAAACUCAGCACCAUGGAUUUAGUUUAAUUACUGUAUGCAACGAUAAAUCAUUACAAGCAAAAAAGCGAUACUGGAGAACUUGGUUCGUUAAACAUUUAUAAUUUUUUUUUUCUAUUUUUCUCAUAUAAUAACUUAAAGCACAGAAAAAAAUGUCGAACAAAAUACCAUCGAACUGAAAAUCUCGCAUUUUUUCUGAAAAAUUAGAGUAAAUUUAUUGAUUUACUAACGAAAAUGUGUUUUCUGAAAAAAAAAAAAAUAUUUUUGUAAAACUCAUAAUAAUUCUUUCGCUCUAUUUCAACCUAAACUGUUACCCAUACAAGUUCACAAUACGUAUCAUGUUAGUUAGUAUGUUAGUUAGGUAAACUAAAUUUAUUCUAAAACAUAAGGAUCAAGGUAUAAUAGAAUUAGGUAUUAGAUUCCAUAAAUUAGAUAAUCUCUAAGCUGCUUACUGCAAGUGACCCCGAUGGUACAGUAAUCACCCCAUAGCUGUAUCCCGUAUUAUCCUACUUAAAAUAUUAUAAAUGUGAAAGUUUGUGAGGAUGUAUAGAUAUUUGUUACUCUUUCACGCAAAAACUACUGAACGGGUUUUGAUGAAUUUCGGUAUAGAAAUAAAUGUACCUUUAGAGAAAAACGUAGGUUACUUUUUGUCGCGAAAAUAAAACAUGAAGGCGAUGAAAAAGGGGAUAAAAGGUUUUCAGGUAUUUUUGGUACGAAAAUUAAAUUAUUUUUGUUAAAUUAUGGAUUACCAUAGUAACACGGAUGAAAUGAAAAAAAAAUGUAAAAUAGAAAAUAAACAGAAAUAAAAAUGCCGUAACAAUUAUAAAAACUUAAAAUAAAGAGUCUAUCUGACACUCUCCCAGUAUACUAUUGGCUUGAAAUAGGACAGGUUAUCUUGGUAACAUGGGUGUAAAAAAAAAAAAACAAAAAUCUAUGCGCUGUACGGGGUGGGUAAGUGAAAAGUAAAAACACGUAAAACGUCAUCUCUGAAUAUUUGUACUUUUUAGUACAAUAAAAACACUACAGUAUUAUUUUAUGUCCUAAUAAUUUAAGGGUUAUUAUAGUGGAUAUAUAGUUUAAUUCCUGUGUUGUGCGGGUAUCUAUGGUAACGCGAAUGAAAAAAUUAUGAUACUCUAGAACACGUUUAGUCCGCGGACUACUCACUUUCCACCUAUUUUUUUCUAAUUCAGUAUACUGAUACGGACAAAGCAAUACGGAAAUAAAGGUAAAAUUAUAAAAAAGUUUACACGGGCAACGCCGGCCGCGGGACAUCUAGUUUAAUAAUAAAACGUAGAAUAAUAUCAAGCGUUACAUCUGGAAAAAAAAAAGGCCAUUCAAUAUGAUAUCCUGGUUUGGCGAUUAUAAAAUCAAACAAACCCUAGCCUAUUGUAUAGUUAUUAAAGCGGCCAGUAUUUUGUCACCACGUUACCGAAAAAUGUGGUGACGAGUCACCGUUAAAAGUAAACGUGACCUUUUGAAUCGCUGUUACCAUCGUCGCGGUGACGCAUUUUUUUCGUCACCGUUUCCCAUCACUAACAAUGACUAAUAUACGGAAACGCGCGUUUGUGCGCAAUUACCGCGUGUCCGCAGCAUAGUGAGGUCCGGCGACGCCAUCUACGUGCGCGUGGGUGACCACGACCUGACCAGAAAGUACGGUAGCCCGGGCGCGCAGACCCUGCGGGUGGCCACCACGUACAUCCACCACAACCACAACUCGCAGACGCUGGACAACGACAUAGCGCUGCUCAAGCUGCACGGGCAGGCCGAGCUCAAGGACGGCGUGUGUCUGGUGUGCUUGCCAGCCAGGGGCGUAAACCACGCGGCCGGCAAGCGGUGCACGGUCACCGGUUACGGGUACAUGGGCGAGGCGGGCCCGAUCCCGUUGCGCAUACGCGAGGCCGAGAUCCCGGUGGUCAGUGACACCGAAUGCAUACGCAAGAUAAACGCCGUGACCGAGAAGAUAUUCAUACUGCCUGCCAGCAGCUUUUGCGCCGGCGGCGAGGCGGGAAACGACGCAUGUCAGGUGGGUCUGUCGUUAUAUUUCGCCGAUGUGGGAAAAGCGUCGCACAAAAACGUUUCGUAACGAUUUGAAACGUGCAAUUUUAUUUACAGGGUGACGGCGGUGGACCUUUGGUGUGCCAAGACGAUGGAUUUUACGAACUUGCAGGGUUGGUGUCUUGGGGAUUCGGAUGUGGCAGAAUAGACGUGCCCGGCGUCUACGUAAAAGUAUCAUCGUUUAUCGGUUGGAUCAAUCAAAUUAUAAGCGUGAACAAUUUGUAAUUUUGAAAACGCGAGUUUAAAACGUUUAAAGGUCGAACCUUGUCUAAAUUUAGGCGCAAUUUGUCCGAUUAUUUAUUUUUGUACGAUGUUUUUUUUUUGUUGUAUUUAAAAAAAGCCAACGUCAAUGUCGAAUGUAUUCUUUCGAAAUUUUUUAACGAAAUUUCGCUCAAGAAAUCUCAAGACGCGUUCAAAUAAUUGUAUAAUAUUUUACAAUAUUAUAGGUAAUUCAAAGAGAGUUUAUCCGUUAUUAUUAAUUUUUUUCUUCUUUGUAUAUACAAACUAAAAAUAAUUUAAAUUAUAUUUUAACGAUACAUAAAACAAAAAAUCCAAUUACGUAUGUUUAAAAUCACAUUAUUAUUAUUAUUGGAGUAAUUUGUAAACAUAAAAAAAAAAAUCGUAUUUUUAUAAUAUAAUAUUAGAAAUUCUAAAUUAAUUUUAAAAAAUCCAGUGACCCUGAUGUUAUAAAAUGUAUGUCCACUACAAUGUAAUGAAUAUUUAUGAUCAAUAAUAGUACUUGUUGAUAACGAAUAUUAUUAUUAUUAUUGUUGGUUUAAACAAUGAUAAUAUGUUGUGCUCAAAAUGUUUGUGCUCAACAAUUUUUCUAAUGCUAAUUGAUGUUAAUUUCGUCUAUUAAUGUUUUAUAACGCUUAAAAAUGAAUCGUGUAGUUUUAAUUAAUUUGAAAAUAUUUAUGGAUUAUAAGUAGGUAGGUACUAUAAGUUAUUAAUGUAUACUUCGGCGAAAUCGACGACAUUUCACUUUUAUCGAUGAGAUACCUAUUUAUUUUAAUAUAAAUAAAAUGUAUUUAUUAAAUAUAUAGUCGCGUGACAUUUAUUCAUAAUCGUAAAAACGAAUGUAUUCUAUGUCUAUAUAUUUUUUUAUAAUCGGUUGUGAAUUUAACGUCAAGCUAUAAAAUAAGAUGAAGGUUACCUAAAUAGGCGAACUUAGGGCGGAAAUGUCGAAAAGGGCAUCGAAUUUAUUGUUUUAAAUGAUUUUUUGUGGGUAUUUUUUCGUUUACAAAAUGCUCGCUAAAUUUAAAUAUUAUAGGUUUUUUAUAGAGGGCAGAGCAUGACUGUUUUCGAAGAGAGUAGUGAACGAUAACUUAGCCUAGUGAUGACAAAAAGCUGGCUGUUUAUAAUACUGUAAGACAGAGUUUUUAAUUUACUAAACAAUAAUACCCAGUACUGAAAUGUUUUUUAAAAAUAAUAAUCGCACCGAAUCGUGUCUAUUAGGCGACAAAAUAAGUCGUAUGUAUUUAAAAAAACUAGAAGAAACAAAACAUACAUGCAUGUUUUAAUAAUAGUGCUUUACUUAUAUAAUAUGCCACAGAAAAACAAUUUAUACAAUUUCAAUUUGGAAACUGGAUAUUAUAUUUAACGGAAAGUUAUUUUUGGAUCCAGGAAAGAAUGGGAAUUAUAAGUGAAUUUUUGGAAUUUCUUUUAAUGUUUUUGUCUAAUG